UUCCUGAGCCUUCGCAGCGAACACUACUCGAAGUUAGCAGUAUAGCUCUGUCAGAUAAGAUGGCUCCUAGAACGAACAGAGAUACACGGGCUCUGAUUGACGACAUCAAAGAUUAUACGAGCCCACGCCGUGAAAGGUACAACUCCAAGAGUCGUUCACUGGGGACGAACGCCAAAGCUGAUCACAGGAUACUGUCCACCAUGAGUUCUUUGUUGACUUACACCAUUCAGAAAGACGAUCUGAAAAUGAGUAAUAUUGUCGAGAAACUCUACGACGCUUUGAAAUACGAGACGUUCGAUAACCUGCGCACAACCACUAUAAAGUUCACCAAUUCCGCACUGAUAAUACUGCUUGAUAAAAUAACGCAGUUGGAGUUAACUCACAGAGCAACUCGGAGUGAAUUGAACUACGUUGAGUGGCUUCACGAUAUCCUGGAAACACAAUAUAACGACCAAAUCGCUCAUGCCAUUCCCAGGCAUUCCAGAAAAUUUCAAGAGGACUGCACUUUCAUUCUUGCCAGACUUCAAGAGCUGAUCGAAUGGAUGGAAGCAUCCCUUGCACUUCGUGAUAGAAACAUUCGUAAAACCUUCCACAUAAUGGAUGCAGAGAAUGUACGCUAUUAUUUGCCGAAAGGCGAGCCGGAGGACUGCGCCGUCUGCUACGACACGAAGCUCGACUCGUCGGAGAAUUUCGCGAUUCUAAGCGGCUGUUCUCACGUUUUCUGUUUCCGGUGCAUCUCAACUUUGCGCAAGGCUGGAGACCAGAAGUGCCCAAUGUGUCGACAAGAGAGCCGCACGGCGCUGAAGAGCCGCGCAGUCAGGAAGAUGCUGGCUGUGCGUGACUGGAUGCUGAAGAAUCACUGCAGGAGAUGCUGUGAAACUUCCGGUGCUGACUGUCGGUCAUGUCGAUGCGGAUGAAGUUUUUACUUAUCAAUCCUACUAGAACAAAUAUGUCAGUGAUAAUGUAAAUUAUUCAUUAUAAUUAAGAUGCCUAAAUGUUUUAAUUUCUCGUUUUCUAAGCCACAAUUUUUUUCGAGAGCUAACUCGAAAACUGAUUUUUACGUUACCUUCGUUUUGAAGGGGAACUAAACGAAGAACUCUGUACGAAUGUAAAUAAAACAAAACAGUUACUGGUCUCAUUUCUCAGCCAGUAAGGAUUGUAAUUAAUUAGUUAAUGCCUGUAAGCAGUCGAGCUCAGUUGAAAUUCAAUAACAUAAUUGAUGAGAACAGCAAUCGUUGUCCAUUUUUUCAGAAUGUAUCUUGCUUAUUGUACCACAUUUCAAUGAAUUAAAAAUAUAA